UAAACACCAUUACAACAAACUCACGAGUUGAUUCUAGUUCAGUCGAAGCAAGCAAACAAGCAUGGCGUCGUCUCCUCCUUUUAUUUUAGAAAUCUCAUCUUUUUCUGAUGAAAAAAGUAGACAUUAUGCAAAAGUCAUGGACCAUUACUUCAACAAUGGCAUUACGCUGAUUCUUCCAGAAGAUACUUCAGCACCUCAAUCCGUGACAGAUUGUUUUGCAGAUCAGUUGUCUUACAAAUUGACCCAGCUCCCGGUCUACCGGCUGCUGGAAGCACCAUUUGUGAAUGGCUUUGUCAAAAAAGGUGCUGUUCAUUUGAUAUCUUGUGAUACAAAACUUGAUGUGCAUGACUGUGCAGCAGUUACUCCUGCUGGAUGUCUUGUACUGCAUCUGACAAAGGACACUUACCAGGAGCUAGGUCUCGAGGCUGUUCCACAGACUUUGGCUCAGAAGCAAGCAGAUAUUUAUCAGGUGAACAUUGAUUUGAAAGCUGAUCAUUUUCAUCCCGGAAAAAGAGGAUAUGAUAAAGCAAUGAGAUGUUUGAAGGACAGGCUUGGCUUGAAGUUUGAUUUUCUCAUUUCAUGGGUGCCACAUGAUUCUGAGGUUUGCUCGAGUUCGGUCGGUGUCUACUUCACUGAUCUCUGUGACAAGGUGGAGAGCUAUGAGCUAACAAAGAAAUCUCGUGUUCUAACAAGUGUGGCGUGUCCCCGCAUUGUAGCUGAGGAACCAGAGGGAAUCGAGGAGGGCUGCCACUUUCAGAAAGUUUUUGAGUGGAUGGGAGCCGUGGCCUGUGAUAUCAGUUUGGUGUCGGAGGAGACAGAUGAUGACAAUUAUGUGUCCAGUUUUUCGUGCCCAGUACCCAGGGUGAACUGCCCGAGGUGCUGUGUGUACCAAGUGAAAGGUUUCAUUCCUCCAGAUGUCAUCCUCAAAGUCUUAAAGGCCCUCAGGGCCCACAAGUCUGCACAUCCUUCUUCGGUUCCGGCCAGUUUGACCGUUGUCGGUUUCUCUGAUGCUCCAGUUGUACAGAAAAACAUCCCUCAUGACUUUUACCUCUCUGGUACCAAUGUCUACAGCUUUGUCUUGUAUCCAGACGAGAGGUACUGGCUGUAUACAGCAUCUGUAGCUUAAGUCCAGUGGAAUGUUUUGUCCAUCAUCAGUAUUUAUUCUCUGUACAUUUCAACCUUUUCAUUCAUUAUUUUGUUCAUUUUCAAAGUUCAUUGUUUCUCCAUUUGAAUAUUUCCGUUCAUAAAUUUAUUGUCUUUUGGCAUCAGCAUUCAUCUAUUCAUGAUUUAUGCCUAGUGUGGUACUGAUGUCUUUCCCAGUAUUCCUUUCUGUUUAUUCACCAUUAGUACUCUUUUGCUCUUUAUUUGAUUUUUUUCUGGGGUUUACGAAUGCUGUGUUUUCUCUUUUUUGCCAGUAAAGAAGUAAUGGAGUUUGCUAGAUGCAUUCCUCUAUCCCCUUUUUUAGUUGAUGUCCAGUUUUGUUUUUUCAUUCGGUGACCUUGUGUGUUCACCAACUUCUUUUUUUAAAUCAAUCCAUGUCAACUUCUCUUUUUGAAAUAAUUCAUUUGGUAUUUGUGUAUAAUUCAGCUUUUUGGCUUGGUUUCUCUGGGCAAUUUUGUUUCAUUCAUUUCCAUUUGUAUUCGAUAUUAGCUUCGUUUUACUUUUAUGCUGUGACUAUUUUUUCAUAUGAACACUGCCUCUCUAUUGUGAAUGUUUCCUUUCUUAAGUGAAUUGCUAUUGUAUUAUAUUCCAUCCCUGAGCGCUACAGAAGAAUACACUUUUCUGUGUAUUACAGUCGAACCUUUGUGAAACGGAAUUUCCAGGGAGCCAGAAAGGAAUUCCGUCUUAGACAUUUUCUGUCUUAUUUAGGGGAAGAUGGAGAUGUGUCUCAGCGGCUCAGUCUGUGGGCUCAAGAGUCGCUUGUCCGAUUGGCAAGCAGGGGUCAGAACCUCACUCCUCUCAAGUACUGUCUAAGCCACUCUAUGGCAAGUGCCUGGUCUCACUUGUCCCUUGCCACAAGUGCUUGCAUUUCAUAUGACCGCUGUUUGACUUAUUGAAAAUAGAAACUAUUGAACUCUCCUUUGCUGCCACCCUUAGCCACAUCCAUUGGUGUAAUAAAAAACAGUCAACCAAUGCUAUCACUUCCCUGCAUUUAACAAUGAUUCGAGGAUAUUUUUUUUUCGGGUGGCAGAACAAUCAGGGUGGGAGGCAAUGACAAACAACAAACUAAUUUCACACCCACACCGUUGGCCUCUGGCUACUCAUGAAAGUUCCCUUGCUCCCUUGCUUGAGUAACACUCAAGCACUUUCACGGGCACUGGUGAGAUUUCAUACCCAAUACCCAUACCACCCUGACCACCUGCACAACUAAGGGUUCUUAUGGAUGGGGUAACAUCUACCCCCAAAUUGCACCCCCAGCAUGGCGUAAAGGUCGGAGUUGAUGUAAGCAAACUUAAUAAUUUUGUUUCAAAUCAGUGCUGAGUGGGCAAAGCGUUUUCCGCCUUAGACAGGUAAAACCCUCCGAAGGAAUGGAAUUUUUCUUUCUGUUGUCGCGUUAGGCAGGUUUCCAUUUUAUUGGGAAAUUUUUCAAGGGGGGAGCGAGGAGAUUCCGUUAUGACAGGUUUCCAUUAAGGCAGGUUCAACUACUUUUGGUGUGCGCCUUAACGUUUAGAUGUUUGGUAACGGUCUUCUUCAACCUUUGCUUCGAAACUUACUUGACCCACCAACCAUGCACAUCUGUGGUCUCCACUCAUUGAAGGGCCAACAUGGAUGUAGAUGUGACGUCAUGCAUGAAACAUGAUUUUAACUUAUUUUUGAGAAUGGUGUACCGAACAUUUUGUCAUUAUAGUGUGUGACAUUCUGUGCUUCAUGUAUGAGCAAAUGGUUUUUGUGAUGAGGAGCUUUCUUUUUUUUUUUCGUUGCCUAUCCAGUUUUGAUACCGAAUAUUGAUAAGUUAUGAGUAAAUGUGUAAAAGUGGUCGGUACUGUUAAAGAAAUUGUUCAGAACAAUGAAAAGAAAUACUUUUAGAAAAGAAAGGAAUGAUUUAAAAAAACCCAACUACUUUUGAUAAUUUACUCUAAUUAUCAAUAUGAUGAUGAGUAAAUGUUAAGCAUUACAAUGUAUAUAUAUGUAUCUCGAUGUUAGUUUAAUUCUUCAUUUGGUGCUACUCUCGAUCCUCUCUGGCUGUCCUGAGGGGCAGGACUCAAUCCUACAUUCCGUCGCAUAGAGUGACAAAAAUUUGGAGAUAAGUUGUCACCAGCACGCCAACAUAAAGGUAUGCUGAAAAAUCGCCUGGGAGCCACUUCUAAAUAAUGACUUUGUCAUAUGUUUUCCUUAUCAUGCUCUACUGUCAGACUUUCGAAACAAAUUAAAAGAUGUGGCUAAUUUAGUCAUUAUCUAUGUAUUACUAUUGGUGGUAAAUAGAACCACUGUGCACCUUGGUAAUACAUAGGCAAUUCUCUACAAGUAGAUGUAUUUACAAGUUAUUGCUAUCUGCAGUCUGUCAUGGAUCCUGAGGCACUUCUGUGGUGGAUGGAGCAUGUAAAAAGCACAAUAAACUAUGCUGUCGCCCAUAGACUUACAAAGAUGCCUCUUCUUAUAACACCAGUCGCUAAAUCUUCACUUGUUCUAAAAAAUACAAACAAUAUAUGCUCGAUGUAUAGUAGAAGAGGACCAUAAACGGAAUUGCUUCUAACAAUGACUCACAUCAUAGGGGAAAAAAUCGUUGCAUUGCCACUAUUGGAGAGAGGUGUUAAAUUAUUGGAAUAAGCAUCAUCUCCCACAUUCUCCAUGUAAGUCUCAAGCGAAAUCUUUUUAAAUGCAACAGUGAUCAUUUGGAGAAAAAAAAUCAAAACCACAAUGCAUGUACAAAGUCUUUGUCUAUGAUCGUUAAAAAAGCUUGGUAUGUUUUGUAGAGACAUUAUAUUUUUGCUGACUUUUCAUGAGGUAUUCCUUCAUCUGUGGUGCUAUUAUUAUUAUGAAGCUCUUUGCUUGUGCAAGCGGAAGAUGUGAGUUUGAUUUCUGAGUGUAAAAGUUAUAUGAUCACAUAUCCUAUGUAUGUCUGCUGGGGUUCUGUUGUAUCUCUUUAAGCUCUCCUUCUGAAUCGGUAGGGGCAUAAAGCAUUUGAAAAGUAAAUGAAAUGAAGUGAAAAAAAAAGCUUGGAAUAAAGUGAGGUGAAGGAACUUCUGUCCUGUUUAAUGCUGUACAGUAGUUUUAAUGUAAUUUGUGAAUGUGUCCAGAGGCGAUAUCUGUCUGAAAAUGAGGGUACAGUAUAUAUAUUGAGUGAUCUGAAUUAUCAAAAUGAGUGACGCCAAUGACUGUAUUGGUGAUCAACCUCUGCUGGUGUUACACGUGUGAUCAACCUCUGCUGGUGUUACACGUGUGAUCAACCUCUGCUGGUGUUACACGUGUGAUCAACCUCUGCUGGUGUUACACGUGUGGACAAUGUGAAUGAAAUAAAAGUCGAAACUUUUUAUGCUGAAA